UCGCAUACAACGUUGCAACCGACGCCGCCUCGCACCGCAUGUUCUUCGUCCAUUUCCUCUGGGCAUCUCAACGAGAGAACAUGGGUUCGCUCUUUACAACGAGAAAAAAUGAGCAAAUCAAUAGAAAACGAUACCUCGCACGUGGGCCACGUGGCCAAGCGCCUCACGCCGGAGGAAAUCGAUAGAAUGGAAGCGCAGAAUUCUCGGCUAGUCUCUGAAUUUCGUGCGAAUCAACUGGAGAGAGAUGCUAAAAAGCAUUGGGAUUUAUUUUACAAACGGAACGAUACUAGAUUCUUCAAAGAUAGACACUGGACCACGCGAGAAUUCGACGAGUUGCUGGGUUUGGGCGGCAAAGAGAGUGAAAAUGGUCUCCUCGAAGUGGGCUGCGGAGUUGGGAAUUUUGUAUAUCCGUUAAUGGAAGAUGGUUUAAAAUUUCGUAAAAUAUUUGCGUGCGAUUUAUCCACAAAGGCAAUCGAAUUGUUCAAGAGUCACACGUUAUUCCAUCCAGAAACAAUGAAAGCUUUUCAAGCAGAUGUUACGUUAGAGAAUUGUUUUUCUGAAAUUGAAUGUCCAGUUGAUGUAGCUACUCUCAUCUUUGUAUUAUCUGCUAUUCAUCCUGAUAAAUUUCAGAAAGUUGCUCAAAACAUGUACAAUGCUCUUGGUAGCGGAGGAAUGUUACUUUUUCGAGAUUAUGGAUUGUAUGAUAUGGCACAGUUACGUUUUAAGCCGGGACACAAGAUAAGUGAGAAUCUCUACAUGCGGCAAGAUGGAACCAGGAGUUAUUAUUUCUCCGCAGAACAAGUAGCAGAUUUAUUUCAGUCUGUUGGCUUUCAAACAUUAGAUUGCAGCUAUAUACAGAGACGUACAGUGAAUGUGAAGGAGAACAUUGAUGUUCCGAGAAUUUUUGUGCAAGCAAAGUUCAAGAAAUCUUGAAUAUGCAAUAAUAACAUUAAAAUUGGAAUUUAUUGGAAUCUUCUCGAUGUUACAUAUAAUGCAACAUAAAAAAUCUAAGCAAUAUGUACUUCGAUG